GCGGGGGUGUCCGCUUUUCCUCAUGAUAUCCUGACGAAUAAUUAUAUGAAUUAAUCUUUAAUUGUUAAAAUUCUUAAUAAACUCGUGAGCAAACAGAACCUGUUGUUCAAUAUAGAGUUAGAUCGUGUGUGUUUGACCCACUGAUCUGAAGCUUGUAGAACCGGGUCACCGCCUCAGGAGUGGACGCGUCCGCGGAGCUCCGUUCUGCUCGAGAGCUCGCUUCAGUCGAACUGUGAUUUCUGGAAAUCAGCGUUGAUUUUCUAGAUUUGAAGAAAUGUGAUAAAUCGGCGGAUUGUGUCGUCAUGAGCGACCGACAGCCGACGCCACACCGCGGACAGUGCAGACCGAGAAUGAGCGGAAGGAGCAGUGUGCAGAUGGAGGAUCGUAACAUGUUGCGGCGGAUGGAGAAGGAGAGACGGAGUCAGGAGGUGCAGCUGGAGGAGACGCAGUAUGAUGGAAUCGCUCCUCUCUUCAACAAGCCGUAUAAGAGAAUCAAAGAUGACGAGCUGUCGAGUCGCAUCCAGAGGAUGUUGGGUAGUUAUGAGGAUGGAUAUGAUGGACCUGAGGACCCUGCACUUUCUUACAACCGUUCCACACCGUUCCCUCAGGCGCAGUCGGGACACACGGAUCACUCCAGAGCCGCUUCAGGAGAGAGCUGGGACUGUUUCCCGGCCCUGUCCCCCCCAGCGGAGCCUCUGUCCCCUCUGCAGUCCAGUGACUCGGACACUGGCCCGUCUCCAGAUCGUUGCAGGCCGGACGCACCUCCGCUGACCCUCGCACCACCGCUGAACAUGCACAGUAAAAUGGACAAGGUCAAGAAGCCCACAGCGUACGUGAGGCCGAUGGACGGUCAGGAUCAGGUGACCAGCGGCUCUCCUGAACUGAAGCCCUCACUGCAGUCUUAUGAGCACUUCCAGGACCUGAAGGAGAACAGCAAACCAAACCUUGCCCCUCUGCAGGCUAAUGAUAUGGUGUCUGGUGUGCGUGUGGAGGACAUUCUGCAGGAAAUGACCUCAUGGCCUCCACUGCUGACCACCAUUUGCUCGCCAACCACAGCCGAGCCGACCAAGGUCCUCUCCACUAACGAGGAGACACAUGGAUUACCAGCCCUUGCUCAUGAAUCAUCAGACAAAGUUCAGCUGGAAUCUCGAUGCGGUUCCAGCAGCUCCAGUGACUCUGACAGCAGUUCAGACACUGACAGUGAAAAGAGCGGGAGCCCACAUAAACCAACAGCCCCUGAGACAAUAAACACACAGCCACAGAAAGAGAUUGACUGGGACUUAGGAUGGUGGUUAGAAAGGAAGGGUCACCAGCAGAACCCUAGGAGCCCAUGUGACGCCAUCAGGCCCAACUCCCAUGAUUCCUCUGAAAGGACUGAGGCUCCAGGGUCACAGACUUGCCAUAGUGACCCAGCUGACAGCGGCAAAGUGUCCGAUCUCAGACAGACUGUGGGGAGCACGAUCAUGUGUGAGGAUCCACUAUUAGAGAGUACAUCCACACACAGACCCAAACACAAGAGAAAGAAUACAGCACAUCACACAGACCAGAAGAGAAAACCAGCAGACAACAACAACAUCAGCAGACAAACACAUCCACCGCUGCUGGUGAAGAUCCAGCUGAACCUGCUCUCCAGGAUCCCUCGGGAGCCCAAAGCAUCUCCGCCUCACACCGAGAACAGCAGCGUGUCGAGACGCAAGAGAGCGAUGGAGAGGGAUGAAAAGUCUUCAGGGAAGAAACAGAAACUGGACAAAGAGAGAAAACGUUCAUCUUCCUCUCAGCAGAACCUCCACCAAUCAGAAGCCGUCGAGAACAGCAACAAGAUGAUGAAGAAGAAGAAGAAGAAGAGUGUGAAACACAGCUCAGGUCUUCCUCAGGACAGAGAGCCAGCCGCGGCUCCUGACGGCCGGAAGAAGAAAGCAGAGACUCAUGGGAAGAAAAGGGGCGAGAGCCACAAGGAUCUCCUGGAGAAACCUCCUGCAGCCGAAGCUCGUGCGCUGCUUCCUGAUCGCAGGAAACUCUCAGUGGAAGAUCAUUUGAAGGAAGCCAAAAAGCUGAAGCACAAAGCAGAUGCUACGACGGAUAAGAUGGCUAAAGCGCUGCGCUAUCUGGAGGCUGCGCUGUCGUUCACAGAGAGUGGCCUGGCCAUGGAGACGGAGCCGCAGACGCCCAAAUCUGCGUACACCAUGUUCUCCGAGACGCUGGAGCUGAUCAGGUUCAUUCUGAAGCUGAAGAACUACACGGAUCCGGCGGCCAGCGCUCACGAGAGGGAUUUCUGCGUCCUGUGCAUGCGGUGCCAGUCUCUGCUGCAGAUGGCCAUGUUCCGCUCCAGACGAGAGCCAGCGCUCAGACACUCACGGAUGCUCACCGAUCAUUUCAGAAGCUCGUCGUGGUCUGCGUCUCCCUCCGUGUCGAGGAGCGGCUCGCUGCUCAUUCCUCAGCCGGUCCAGCAGGUGGCAGCAGCAUACGUCAGCAUCACCACGCUCCUCCUGAACGCUCACCACAUCUGGGAGCAGGCGGACCAGAUCGCUCUCCGAGGCAGCGGUUUGCUGCGAGAGCUGGAUUCAGCCGUCGGUCCUCUGAGUCUGACCUCCUCCACGAGCGCUUUAGUUCGAUACGCUCGACACGGCCUGCACUGGAUCAGACUCGACACGCAGAAGCCACACUGACGCUUCCCUUCGACCGCAGAGAGCUGAAGAUGUGACCGCUUUCCUUUAUCAGCUCAAGGAUCAAAUCAAACAAUCAGUCUCUUUAACGGCGCGUGUGUGUGUGCGUGCAUGCGUGUGUGUGUGUGCAUGUGUGCGUGCGUGCGUGUUUGUGUGUGUGCGUGCGUGUUUGUGUGUGUGCGUGCGUGCGUGUUUGUGUGUGUGCGUGCGUGCGUGUUUGUGUGUGUGCGUGUUUGUGUGUGUGCGCGUGUGUGCGUGCGUGCGUGUUUGUGUGUGUGUGUGCGCACACGCACGCACGCACACACACGCACACACACGCGCACACUAACAAACACACACACGUGCACACUAACAAACACACACGCACACAGCGCAGCAAGAGCCUUUAGAUCUGAUUAACUCAAGCAAACACUAAAUAGAGUGAGUGUGAUUACAGUGAAAAUAUUUCUAGCUUUUAUAUGGUCAUAUGACCUUUGACCCAUGGGCCUGACCUCUGGAGUUUUUCUCAUGAUUUUCUCUUUAAUCAAUCGUUGGUCUAUAUAUAUAUCAUUUUUUUUUUCUCAGGAGGUGGGGAAGCAUUAUUGUAUUUAUUUGCAUUAGCAGAUAUUUAUUAUAUAAUUUAUGACCAAUUGCAGAACAGCAUUGAGCUUGUCGAUUGGUCAAGCUGCUUGUUCUUCUAGAGAGUGACGCCUCACUUUUUAAAUAGAGCACUAAGUAUUUCCUGUCCAUCAGUAUUUCCUUUCUUUCCUAAUCUUGGGUCCAGAGCAGCAGAAGUUGAUUGACACUCAAAUGACAAUUUACUUUCUGCAAACUUUGGAAGAUUAAAAUUCUCUGUCGAAAUGGAAUAUAAUUAAAUCAUUUGUAUUUCUUUUAGGACCUAUGAUGUGGGAGUUUGGGUUGGUUUUCUACAAAUUUAUCAAACUGAUUUGAAUCAGCAGAUGUCUGAAAGUGACUUUGUCACGUGUUUGGUAAAACUUCUUUUCGUGCCUUAUUACUUUUUUUGUGUGACUGAGUUCAAUUAACAUUAUUACUAAGAACUGAAGAUCUGUUUUCUCAGGAUGCAUUUGAAUAUGAAUUGAAUAAAAUCUUUAUCCUUUA